CACGAGCAGCUGAUUCUCCAGCGACCAGAUGACAAUCUCGGCCCAAAAUGGCAGUUUUUUGGUGAUUUAGGCGUAGUUAAGGAGAUCAGAGGAAACAUGGAGGCCUCUGAGGCCUCGGAUGGAGGCGUGAAACCCAGUAUUGAGGGUGCUCCCUUGGUAUGCAACUCACAAUGUUGACUGACUACAUGGAUUCACUUUUCUUCUAAGUGAGAGGAGCAACAGGUGUUAGGAGACAAAGUAGCUACAAUCUCAUGUGAAGGAACUAGAAGAACGCGAGCGUAAACUCCUGGAAGAGCAAAUGCGUCUUGAGGAAGAUUUUGGUUACCGUCGAGCCAAGCUAAAGGAACUCUACCUGCAGAAGGAAGAAGAGCUGAGGUUACAAAGUGAGCAGAACACAGCUGUAGAGACUGAAGUGGAAUUACUGCGUGCUCAGGUGAGAGAGUUGCAGGGAGAUCUAGAGGAAGCUCGCAGUGCUGUCACCAUUGCUCAGUGCACUGCUGAGAAUGACAUUGCUGUGGAGCAGCGUAAGUGCCAGGAGGAGAUUGCCACUGUUCAGCAGCUUAUGAAGGAGGAGGUGGCAAAUGCUGUUGGACAAACAGGUGGUCGCUAUGAAGGGGAGAUUAAAAGGUUAAAAAAACUGACGGAACGCUUAGAGGCUGAGAAACAACACUAUCGUCGCCUGUACGAGAGACAACUGGAGGAAUCAGAUAUACGAACAAAAAGCGAGAGCUUACUGAGCCCAGGAGUUCUGUCGGCUGUUACGAAAUCUCUAGCGAAGAGAGUUCCAAGUCUGAGCCCGUCUGCUUUAAGUACACCAGAAAAAACCACUUCUGGCUCUGCUGUAGGGACGCCUUCUUCAUUAGGCACGGGGGUUGAUGCUGAAAACUUGGAAGACAGUAUGAAGAGGGCCCAAGAAGAUGCUGAUUUAUUACGAUCAUUGGUGGAGCCAUUGGAGGAGGAAAUUCAAGCACUUAAAGAGAAGAUUCGAGCUCAAGAUGCUCAGUUGAGAGCUCAUGAGGCCCAACAGGCAGCUGCUCUUCAUACUGCUGACCUUGUGGCACCACUCCUACAAGGCACUGAUGCUGCACAGGUGGUCAAGCAACUUGAUGAAAAGCUGAAGGGUGUGAGCAGUACUCUGGAAGCAGAGAAAUCAUCCAGGGCAGAUUUAGAACUGUAUACAGCCAUUCUCAACACUCAGAAGACUGCUCUCACUGAUGAAGUUGACAGAAUACGCACCCAACUCACAGAGCUGAGACAAAUGUAUGAGACAGAGCGGCGCCAGCACCGAGACUUGAAGCACACGUGGCAACGUGCUAACGACCAGUUCCUAGAGACUCAGAGACUCCAUCUUGCUGACAUGAGGAGAAUGCAGUCUCUCUUGACUGUUGACCAACAGAGAAGAUUGGAAGACAUACAGAGGAGCGAGGAAGUAAUGGCUCGAACUCCCACUAUCUCUCUGACUGACACUCCAGCAGACACUAGACAGGAAGCUAAGCCAGCGUUUCCUCACCUGGCAUCUCUUUCUCCUGCAUCGAGAAAACGUGGUUCUUCUCCCUCCCCGGAAAAUGAGAUUGACGAUGACCGUUCUUCAUCCUUGCUUGACCUUGAUGAAGAACCUGCUGCCCUACUGCCUGCUGUCUCUCACCUCACUCAUGGGAGUGAGCAGAGUGACGAUCAGAGCAGUGAAGCAGAGACACGCAGCCUCCCACCUGACAGUCUUGUCCCUGACAGUCUUGCUCCUGACGGUGUUGGACCUGAUAGUCUGUUGGCAGAGCGUUUUAGUCCAGAUAAGAUGCCCCAGUUAACGCACGAUCAGCAGAAAGCUCUAGCAGACAUGACACCAGAUUCUGAAGGUAUAACCCAGAGUGAGUCUCUUAUGUCCCCUGCUGAGGAUGAUUACAUGGCCAUUGAAUUUUUGCCAAAUUAUGGGGUAGGACAGAGUGGGUCACUCGGGGUGAUGGGUGGCAGACGGGUGGUCAGCGAGGCAGAGUGGAACCUCUUGAAUGAAGAGAUUCGUCGUGCCAGAUCUCGCAUUGGACGAUCCUGCCAGUUGUGUGGGACUUACCAGACACAACUACAGAAGGUUCAGAGCGAGCAUCGAGAAACAGAGAAGCAACGAGCAGAACUAGAUAAAGCACUUGCACGAUACAAGGAUGAUUUAGACAGAGAGGCUUCCUAUAGACAUGUUAUGGAGGAAAAAUGGCGAGUCAUGGCAGAAGAAUACGAGAAAAAAGUGGCAGGUGUAGCAAGCAUAGUUGAAUCAGCCUCAGUGAAGCAUAAUGAGGUGGUAGCAAGAUUCAGAGCCUCUGUGACAAACUUACACGAUCAGCUGAAAGUACUGACAGAGCGAAGAGAAGCAAUUCAGCAAGAACUUACCAGACUGCAGAAGGAAAAUGAUGACUUGGUUGGUAAACACAGUCAACACUCUCAGCAGCUUCAAAAUGAAAUGAUUAACCUUCCUAACAACAUGGAGGAGAUGCAACUUCUCUUGCUGAGAUAUCGUGAGGAUAUUAUUGCUGCCAAAGUCUCUAAGGAGUAUCUGGAAGAAACUCUUAAGUCUGAAAUACUCUUCCUUAAAGAUCAGGUUUUAGCAGAACAACAUGAAAAAAACACAAUAGAAGACCGCCUGUCUUCAGAAAUUGACCAAUUAAGAGAGAAGGUUGGUCUACUGGAGAGCCUAGAAAGCCAAAUGAAGAUGGAAAGGAGAAGUAGAUCUGAGAUUGAUGCUCAGCUGAAGGAAUUGGAGAACAGACAGUCUGAGGCCCAACUUAAAAACCAGCAGAUUAUAUCCGCCCUCAAAACCCAAGUGGCAGAGCAGACACAGGCCAGGGCUAGGCUGGAGGCUGAAGUGGUGGAGCUACGAGGAAGGGUGUCAACUCUCCAGCAUGACCUGGACACAUCUGAAGCAGUGCAGCGGGAUUUUGUCCGCUUGUCACAAUCGUUGCAAGUCCAGCUGGAGAAAAUAAGGCAGUCAGAGAAAGAGGUACGUUGGCAACAUGAGGAGGACCAGGAAGAGUGCAAUAGUUGUAAGCAGCGGUUUUCUGCUGUUGGCCGGAGAAAGCAUCACUGUCGUCAUUGUGGGAAAAUCUUCUGUGUUGAAUGUGUGAGCAAAACCGUGCCAAGUGGACCUCAUCGUCGUCUUGCUAGAGUGUGUGAUGUCUGCCACACACUUCUGGUGCAAGAUGCCACUCCUUACUUCAGCUCUGACCCUCCUCAUUCACCAGACUGACCUGCUAAGCCCUCAGUCACUUCACACUUACCAGAUGCAGUAGGCUGAUGUAUUAUGUUACUUCCCAUAUCUCUCAUCAUGCAAGAACACUACACUACACUACACACACCACCACUAUACUUCUUACUUUAUUUCCUGUUCCAUGUGUACCUCUUCAAUAUUAAAGUGCCAUACUGGUGUGGUGUAAUUUAUCCAUGCCUCCGCUCUGCUGCUAAAUUCUUUAGACUUUCUUCAUAUAUUGUUAUUAUUUGAGUUGUUUCCUAGUUAAUCAUGUAAUACACAGUCAUUUUUGUAUAAUAAACAGGUUAAUUACAAUGACCUGAAUUUAACAAUGUAAUUUGUACUUUUGCACAAGAAUGAAAAUUGUUGGUUAUCUAACAUUUUGAUUAAUUUGGAAGAAUGUAAUAAUUUAUUUAUUAUUGCACAGGGUGUCAUAAGAGGUAGACAGGGAAUUUUUGGUAGCUUUAAAUAUCACUCGAAGUGUUGGCAGACAUCAGUUUUGUUUGUCUGUUUACAUAAGAAAACAUGGUCAAAGUUUUAAGCUUCCCUUGUGUAAACUUUCUCCAUGUACCUAGUCUCUUCUCUGCCUUAUAAUAUAUCACUCUGAUACCCUUUACUGAAUACUGUAUUACUAAACAUUCCCUUCCAAAACAGAGUGAGACUUUGUGUAAGGGUGAGUCCUCACAAAUUAUGCAAUAUUUCUUAGAAUGACCUUCAUUUUGUCUAACAUGGACUAAUUGAUCAUUCCAGUGAAGUUGAGUGAUUUCUAGCCCUUCAAUUCAGAGUGUACAUAGAUUGACUAGACUGUUGUAUAAAAUUUAGCAAACUGAUCAGCAAUUGGCACUCCAUUUUCCUAUCAUGUUGAUAGAUGGAUGGUAAGCUGUAAUGGAUUUAAAUUGUUUCAUAAUGGGUUGGUCACCCUGCCUGAAGGUGCGAUCAAUAUGUACAAAGUGUAUAUUUCCCCGAUUUCAGGUGUUGGGGCUGCAAAGUUUGUUUUAUUGUACCAUUUCCCUCUGAUAUUUAUGACAUCCUAAUGGUCCUUCCCAUUAUAUAUUUUAUGCUAAAUAUUUACCUUUAUAAAGUGGAAAGUUUUAUAUGGUUGUCGAGUGCUUUAGCUUAAAAAAAAAUGCUUAUUGUUAUUGGUGCAUCUGUCCUGAAGGGUUUCAGGAAGGUUAGCAGCAACUAUUGUGACAUCUAAUGUCUUUAUAAAUUAAAGGAAGCAUGCUAGGCAAGGGCAAGAGUGUGUAUAGUGUGCAAGGCUACAGAUGAAAAGAUCUCACUUUUUUUUUUAAAACCUCUCUUUUUAUGUUUUCUCUUGUCUUUUAUGGUCUUUUUCCCACCUCCAUUUCAUUAAAUGAUAGGUGCUCUAGAUGGCAGUAUGGUCACAAAGGUAAUAUUCUUCACAUUAUUUCAAUAAAAGAUUUUGUUGGUCACUUUUUUCCAAGUCUGCUAAAUAUGUAUCAGAUGGCUUGCAAAUAAUUUAUUUCUCUAUGUAAAUAUUAAGUUUUCUGUUAGUUGGUCCACCUGCACUUUUUUGGUUGCCAUGAUAACAAAUGUGAUUAGGGAGAACUUUUCAGGAAGUGUGAUGAGAUGAUAGCAUGAAAGAUGAAGAUGUUUCAAGAUAAAACUGUGAUUUCCUCAUGAUUUUUGUAUUUAAUGUGACUAAAAAAACUAAUACAUGUAAAUUUUCAGUGUUCACAAGUGGAGAAUGUGACCAAAGGUGAGGUAGCUCAGCGCAAAGACAAAAUAAAGCUGUCUAAUAGAGCAAAUCAGAUUUAACAGAAUUAGAGAACUGGCAAUAUCAAAAAUUUAUUAUAAAUUUAUUGGCAUUAUCAUACCUAGGUAAUAGAUGAGGUGUUGCUGGAAAAGUACAUCAUCCCUUUGUACAGUUUUUUCAAUCGUAGAUCCUCAUAAAUUUGGACUAAAAAACUUCUCGUGUAAUAGAUUAAAUAAAUUGGUGUUUUAAGACAAAUUGAUAAAAGAUACUAUCCUAUACUUGUAAUAAUUUAAAAAAAUCUUUGCAGUAUUAUACUGUAGUUUAUAUAUAGUACUACUUACAUUGGUUAUGAUGUAAAUUCUUAUGAUACUUGUAAUUUAAAAAUAUAUGUGAUGUAAAGAUUAGCCUGUUCUAUAAUAAAUAUUGUAAAGAUUCA